ACCAGUGUGUCCAACGUUGGAAAAUGAAGAGUCUGCUGACAGUGAGGGUCAUGGACUUUGUCACCUCGACGGCCGCCGCGCCCCUGCUGUUUGGCUGUGUGGGCAUCUUCAGCCUCUUCAAGCUGCUGCAGUACAUGCGGGUGAAGGCCUGCCUCCAGAAUGCUGUGGUGGUCAUUACAGGCGCGACCUCGGGGCUGGGGCGAGAAUGCGCCAAAGUCUUCUGCGCGGCAGGUGCUAAGCUGGUGCUGUGUGGCCGGAACAGGGAGGCGCUAGAGGAGCUCACCAGAGAACUCACUGCUCCUCAGACCACCAAGGUGCAGACACACAAGCCUUACAUGGUGACCUUCGACCUCGCAGACCCUGGGGCCAUUGUUGCAGCCGCAGCAGAGAUCCUGCAGUGCUUUGGCUACGUCGACGUGCUUAUCAACAAUGCUGGGAUCAGCUAUCGUGGCGCCAUCCUGGACACCACCCCAGAUGUGGACAAGAGAGUCAUGGAGACCAACUACUUCGGUCCAGUAGCUCUAACAAAAGCGCUCCUGCCCUCCAUGAUCCAAAGGCGACAGGGACACAUUGUCGCCAUCAGCAGCAUCCAGGGCAAGAUCAGCAUUCCUUUCCGAUCAGCAUACGCAGCCUCCAAACACGCAACCCAGGCAUUCUUUGACUGUCUGCGUGCUGAGAUGGAACAGUAUGAGAUCGAGGUGACCGUAAUCAGCCCUGGCUACAUCCAUACCAACCUCUCCCUAAAUGCCAUGACUGCUGACGGCUCCAGAUAUGGAGUUAUGGACAAGACCACAGCCCAGGGCCGAAUGCCAGUGGAAGUGGCCCAAGAUGUUCUGGCUGCUGUGGGGAAGAAAAAGAAAGAGGUGAUCCUGGCCGACCUGUUGCCUUCCUUGGCCAUUUAUCUGCGAACUCUGGCUCCCGGGCUCUUCUUCAGACUCAUGGCCUCCCGAGCCAGAAAAGAGCAGAAAUCCAAGAACUCCUAGUGCCACCGCAGAACUGGGUAUUACUGAUAUUUGUCUCACAGGUGGAAAGGUGGAGAUGCACUUCUCCCUGGUGGGCCCCUGCUGGGAGACAAUGGGAAAUGCAAAGGGACACAGGCGUCUUCCCAGCUGCGAGGGGCGACCCAUGGGAGUAAAUGUGGAGCUGGGUUUAGUGCUAAGAAUAUGAAAUAAAUGAAUGGACAGUAGGAGCCAUAGUCCUCAAGGACUAGAA